CCGCCGCCUGCCGCGUACCGGGCCGCGAGUGCGCCGCGCGAACUCCGAACUACUCAAUACAUCGCGAAAAACUAAAAGUGCAUAGUGCUGUUUGUGUUACAUGUGACACAGUGCUGUUAACACUUUUACAUUGGAUUUUGUAACCGAGGUGCAGUAAGGAAAACCACCCGGAAAGAAAUGAAAACAAGAAAAACAUACCCUAUUAAACACCAACUGAUGUUUAAAAUAUAACUGAUCUCAAAAACUAUGAACAUGAGCAGUCUAAAUGAAGCAACCAACCUCACCCUCAACAGGAGUGACAUAGUCGACCCUAUAGCCAUCUUCGGGCCGCAAAGAGACUCACUGUACAUAGUGAUCCCCAUCACAAUAAUUUAUUCAAUAAUUUUCAUAACUGGUCUAUUCGGAAACGUGUUUACUUGCAUAGUCAUAGUGCGCAAUAAGAGCAUGCACACUGCAACAAACUACUACUUAUUCAGCUUAGCAAUCUCAGAUUUACUUCUGCUUGUGAGCGGAAUGCCUCAAGAGAUGUAUUCAAUAUGGUCAAAGUGGCCUUACGUGUUUGGGCCAGCGUUCUGUGUGAUGCGAGGCCUGGCUGCGGAGACGUCCACCAACGCAAGUGUUCUGACCAUCACUCUGUUCACUAUAGAGAGGUAUCUAGCUAUAUGCCAUCCGUUUGUUUCGCAUCAGAUGUCGAAACUCUCUCGAGCAACGAAGCACGUGCUGAUGCUAUGGGUAGCGGCGUUAGGACUAGCAUUACCUCAAGCUCUGCAGUUCGGUAUCAAAAACUACCGAGGUGUAACCAUGUGCCUACAAACACGGGUGAUCGUGGAGCACUCGUUCGAAAUAUCUACAUUCUUCUUCUUCUUCGCGCCGAUGGUUCUGAUCACAGUCCUGUACUCGCUGAUUGGUCUGAAACUGAAGAAGACGAGUAUGAGCAAGGAGGUCCGAGAUCCAAAGCUCUUUGAACGGAGUUUGAGCUGCGCGCACAAAGCGCACAGAAAACCCGGUCAAUCUACUAGACGAGUAGUGAAGAUGUUAGUGGCAGUAGUGGUGGCCUUCUUCGUAUGCUGGGCGCCGUUCCAUGCUCAACGGCUCGUGGCGAUCUACGGCACCACGCCCGACCACAUGGCGCGGUCACCCAUCCUGCUGAAGGUCUAUUACUUCCUGACCUACUCGUCAGGCGUGUUCUACUACAUGUCCACGUGCAUCAACCCUAUAUUCUACCACAUUAUGUCCAAUAAGUUCAGAGAGGCGUUCAAAAACACGUUCAGGCAGUGGUGCUGCCAGUCCGGCAAGCAGCUGGAGAUCAAGCGCUGCUCCUACACGGCCGUGGGCAUCGUGAAGAACGCCACCUCCUCGGACACAGGUAGCUCAGGGAAGUCUUUAAGAAACGAUCUCGCCCAACUACAAAGCUUGACCAAAGAAAACGGCGUGGAGACUAGCCAGUUAAUCUGCCCCGCUUGCAAGAAAGUCGUCUCGGGCAGCGGCCGCAGCAAUCAGCUCGCCGUCAACAAAACAAACAGGAACAACAGGAAAAACAGUAUUCAACAAACACAAAAAACUUCCCUCAUCAACGAAACACCAUUCGUUAGUAUCAAAACUAGAGAGAUACCACAAAUAAUGAUCUCUACCAGAAAUGGCAAAUUAGAACGUGAACAUUCUCUAAGCGGAGCAGAUGUGACUUAAAAAUUCAUUGUCUCAAAUAAAAUAGACUGAAGUCGUAUAGAACAUUGAAGUAAUAAAGUCUUUGUAAAUGUCGAGGUAACAAGAUACGUAUAGAUUUUAUUUAGUGAGAUUGUUUUAUUGAAUCAAGACACCGCUUUUAGCAGUAGGUAAAAAUAUGUGUUCCUCGUGUGUGGUGUUUUUAAGAAUUGUGAUGUACUUAAUAAGUUUAUAAUAAGUGGUGACCGUAAAAAAAAGAGAAAAUAUUGUUUCCCUUGUGCUAGGUUAAAUCAAAUACUAAGAAUAACUAGAACAUUAAAUGGAUGCGUUUUAAAAGAUGGAUUAAAAAACAAUGAUGUUUAAAAGACUGGUAAUAAAUGGAAAAAGGUAUCUCGUGUUGACUAGGGGAUGAGUGCUCGCCUAGUAGGUAUCGUUGUAAUUUUUUUAUUAUUAGACUUGUUAGUUUUGUUUUUAAUCGAUCCCAUUUGACAAUAUUUUAGUGACACGUGUAGGUAUCAUCCAAAUACUUACGCCAUAAUGUAGAGCUGAUAAGAAUUUUUAUUUUAUUUUAUUUUUCUUUAUUCAGUUUAUUUUUUCAGAAUGUAAAGUUGAUAAUAGGUACGUUAGUCUUUAUUUUUUAAGCAAAACAGACAAUGUUUGUUUCUUUCCUGCAUAAUAAGUAUUCCCGUAGUACCUAGUACCGAACUCUAUUAUCUUGCUAUGUAUAUUUCUUGUGUCUUGUACUACAAUAAUACUUACUUUUCAAAGUAUGUUAAACGCGGUGGCGGGAAACAUGUUUUCUCAUAUAACGGCAGAAAUAAUAACACAUUGAAAAUAUGUAAUAUUUUCAUUCAUUUUACUACGACCAUGACGUCUCAUUCAGAAAUCUAAAGCAUUUUUGUAAAUAAUUUCACAUUAUUAGGAAUUAACGUUUUAUUUGUUACCAGUCGUCUGAAACAAAGGGAGAAGGGUAUAUUUUGUAAGAGUUUUGUAAAUAAAAGUUAAGCAGUUAUUGUUAUUAGGUACUGAAUAAUGUAAAAGUAUUUCCUAACUAUUGUUUUUACAUAUUUUUAUAAAUAACUUAAGUUCUCUUCCGCUGUGUCUCUAGUGUCACUACGAUGUCACCUGUGUACUUACCAUGAGUUUACGUUAGGUGUGCUCGCUAGCUACUCGUAUGUACGUCAAAAAAUUAUAUGAAGAUUUUAUUUCUUGAAAGUAGCCGCUACACAAUAUCUCAUACAUCAUAAUGUUAUUUUUUUACGCAGUCGCUAGUGAGCACAUCUAACGUAAACCCAUGGUAAGCACUAAGCACACUGAUCUUGAGCAAAUUUAUUUAUUUACUAGCGGCCGCCCGCGACUUCGUACGCGCGGAUCCCGUUUUACCCCCUUCAUCUAUCUUACGCGGUUUAGAUUUUUUCAUACAAAUGUUUUUUCCCGCUAACUCCCGUUCCCGUGGGAAUUUUGCAAUAUCCUGUUGUAACUAAGCUUUAAGUUUACUAAUAUAUCUGCAUGUCAAAUUU